AUGAGACGGCAAUCCGAUACGACCGGAGAAAGAUCAGACGCAGGAUCACCAGAUAUUAAGCACAUAUCACAUCCAGUUCCUGGAGAAGAAGGAUCUGUGGAGAUGAAGAUGAUUUGGAUACUUCUGACCAUAGGUCUGACAUUUGCUGAAAGGUUAGAUCGGACCUAUCUACCUCCUGCUGGAUCUCCUUUUUCUGGAGGUAGCCCUGGUGCUAUAAAUGUUCCAUUAGAACUACCAAAAACUAGAUAUAGCUCUAACGAUGAAGGAUUUUUGAAAACACCUGAACUAGUUAUAGGAAUCAACAGAGUUAGUCCUAUUCAAGCUAUUGAUAUUUUUGGAGAUAUUUCGACUCAAAAACCUGCGAUAACAAAUAAUGUUAAUUCUUUUACUUCUCAAACCAAUACACCAUCAUCUAUUUUUAAGGCAUCUUCUCCAUUUUCAAAACUAGAAGAAGAUUUUAAUGAUUUUGAAAAUGCUCAACAAAUUCAUAAUAUUGAAAAACAACCAUCAAUAAAUUACGAUGAAAAAAAUAGAGUUUAUUUACCAUCAUACGGUGGAGAUAAUACAGAUUACGUGCCUUUCAUCACCUUGCCGCCACCAAUUAACAAUGACAAAGGUAUAAGUGAUGAAUAUAAAUAUAUUCAAACAGAUAUUGACAGUAAUAAAGAUACGCCAUCGUUGAAUCCAAUUAAUCAACAAUUUAACGCAAUAUUCUCAACAUUAUCACCAGACUUUCCUAUUAAUAGUAAUAGAAACAUAUUACCAUUUAAUAAUUAUUCCUCAACUGCUUCUGAAUUUUCUGCUACUACUCCAAUUAGUUCAAUGAGAGGGGAAGCACCUACAUAUAACUAUAGGCCAGAAAGGAUUCAAGCGGAGGCAGAUCGACAAGCGGUCAUUUUAAAUUAUGACCAAUCUAUAACUCCAGAAGGUUAUGUUUAUAAUUACGACACAUCAAAUGGAAUUCAUGGCGAUGAAGAAGGAAUCGCUACAGAUGGAGUAAAAGCAAAAGGAUCAUAUUCAUACGUAGGAGAUGAUGGAAAUUUAUACCAAGUUGAAUAUACAGCUGAUGAAAAUGGCUUUGUGCCCAAAGGUGCUCAUUUGCCAACUGCUCCACCAAUACCAGAAGAAAUUUUAAAAGUCAUAGAACAGGCAGCAAGAGACAAAGAAGCUGGAGUUUACGAUGAUGGAUCUUAUAGCGAAGAAAAAUAUGGGUACAAGAAUUACCAAGAGGGCUAUCCAAAAACAAAUACUAAUGUAAUAAAUAAAACUGAUUUCUCUCCAGAAAAUGAAAGAAAUAUUGUAAUAGGAGAUUUAUUUAAUGGUCAUCAAAAUGAUAAAAUAAAUUCACAAACAGUGUCAGGUUAUGAAUAUUUUCCACCUCAAUUUUCAUUUUAUGAUACAAACAAAAUGAAACCAUUCCCAUUUCGAUUCUCUGGUAUAGAAAACCAAGAUUUGGAACCAGAAACAAAAGAAAAUAACACGGAAAAGGUGACAGCAAAACCUUUCUUAACUCCUUAUGUGAUUCGGAAAGGUGAUGAGAUAGAAAUUAACGACUAUGAUGAACAAUUUGAAAAUGGACAACAGGAUACUGAUUUUGAUGAAGAAACAAUUAGAAAUAGAUCUAAAGAGAAUAACGGAGAUGGUCCAAAUGACUUCGAUGAUCAGCAAUUUGGAAAUAAAGUAAAAUAUCAAGAAAGCUUUGAAGACAACCAGAAUGAUAAACCUAUAAACAUAGACGGAGAAAUCGAUUCUCGUGAAUUUGUUCCUGGAAAUAGACAACAACUACAGUAUGGGGACAGAAUUCCCAAUGCUAAUAAUAAUCUUAUACCAUCUAAUGAUAAGGGUUACUAUUAUCAAAAUACUAGUAAACCUUUUAUUACUCUUAACCCAAGAGUAUCUUAUACAACCUCAACAGCUGCAUCAACAGAAUUACCAGCUGGCAGAUCUGAAGAUUUCAUUAGUACUCCUGUAAGCGGUCCGUCAUCAUUUCAAACCCCUUCUUUUUCUACUACAUCAAUAAUAGAUGCAUCUUCUACAAAUAUACCUACAUCCUCAUUACUAAUGAAUACAGUAAAGCCUGUUAAUUUAGAUAGUGAAUCGACUUCCAUAUAUCCAGAUGUUUAUAGUAAAACUGAUUCGUUAUCAACACCCAAAACUAUACAGGCCUCAAGACCAAAAUUUAUACCAGGUGUUCCAAGAUUUGGUAUGUCAUAUAGACCAACUACUGACAGUUCUAAGUAUUUUGAUAUAGGCAACAGUCAAACAAUCCCUGAAGAUAUAAUCGGUGAAGAUUUUUCUGGACCGAAACAAGCACAGCAAUUCGAUUCAAUCACUGGAUAUUAUUAUAAAUAG